CAGCCAGGCAGGUAGCUAGUCAGCCAGCCAGGCAGUUAUCAGUCUGUCAGCCAGCCAGGCAGUCAGUCAGUUAAUCAGGGAGGAUGCUGGGAUGCGAGGGGGGCGGGGUGGGGCUGCGCUACCGGCUGACCCUGGCCACAGGGCUGGUGGAGUGUCUGUGUUUCGCCGGCGUGGUCUUCGGCUGGGCAUCGCUGGUCUUCGUCCUGAAGACAGACGGAUACUUCACUGACCUCUGUGUCAAUGUGACUACUGGACCCAACAGUACAGUGGAAACAGACUGUAGUGGCCAGGAUGAACAGUUCUCCCUGGUCUUCACCGUCGCCUCCUUUAUGAACAACUUCCUUACGCUUCCCAAUGGAUUCAUCUUCGACCGCUUCGGCACCAUGGCAACGAGACUUCUGGGAAUAUGUCUCUACACCACUGGUACACUAAUGGUUGCCUUCUCCAGUUCAGUUCUGUCCAUGCUGCUGUUCCCAGCCCUGUCCUUCAUCGCAGUGGGAGGAAUAUUGUUCCUCAUCACAAACAUACAGGUUGGAAACCUGUUUGGCUCCCAUCGUUCCACCAUCAUCACCCUUUAUAAUGGAGCCUUCGACUCUUCCUCCGCUGUCUUCCUCAUCUUCAAGGUGCUGUAUGAAGGAGGGGUCUCCCUCCGCUCCUCCUUCCUCAUUCUCUCUGUCUGCAGUGUCUUCCACCUCCUCAGGACGUUCCUCCUCAUGCCCAACACCCACAUCCCCUACCCACUCCCUGAGGGCUUCACCUACGGAGUAAGCCUUGGAAAGUCCAACAGCUACAACGUAGAGGAGUUUGAGAAGACGCGCGAGACGGGGAUGACAUCAGAGGGGGAGGGGCCAGCAGAGACGGACGACAUUCUCCUACAGCCUGAUGACGGGCAGCAGUCAGGAGACUCUGGGAAAGUGGCCAGUUUCAGGAGCUGUGUGCAGUCGUGGUUCUUCCUGUGGCAUCUGGUGUGGCUGUCUGUCAUGCAGCUGAGACACUACCUCUUCAUCGGAACACUGAACCCCAUGCUCAACCGGCUGGCCGACAACGACUCAGCCCUGGUGAGUCAGUACACCAAUGCCUUUGCCUUCACCCAGCUGUGUGGGGUCCUCUGUGCUCCCUGGAACGGCCUCAUCAUGGACAGACACAAGGGGAAGCCUCUGGCUCCAGGAGAAACAGAUAAGGAGGCAGACCUGCGCUCCUCCUCUCUCUCCCUCUUCCUCACCUCCCUCCAGUGCCUCCUCUUCUCCAUCUGCGCCUCCUCUCCUCUCCUCCCUCUCCAGUACCUCACCUUCAUUCUCCAGGUCCUCAACCGCUCCUUCCUCUACGGAGGCAACGCAGCCUUCAUCAGCAUCGCUUUUCCUGGGGUUCACUUUGGGAAGCUGUACGGUUUGGUGAUGUCUCUGUCUGCCGUGGUGUCACUGCUGCAGUACCCAUGUUUCGCCCUGGUCAAAGGAGCCCUAGGUGGAGACCCCUUCUAUGUUAACAUCGCUCUGACUCUCCUCACUCUACUGGCGUUCAUCCAUCCAAUCAACAUCUUCUAUGGCUGCAGGAAACUGACCAAUCAGAGGGAGGAUAUGGCCGGUGGUCCUGCCAUCACAUUGGCUGAGGCCAAAAUGUAGGGGAUGUUACAUGAGGGUCCUGAGCCAAGGGAAACAGGAAUUGAAAAAAAGUGAAACAGGAAUUGUCUUAUUUAUAAUUGUUUAAAGGGAAUAAGUGAAUAUGUAAAAUAAUAAUAAAAAGCUUUUUAUACCUCUGUUUUACAGUAAUCCCAUAUUCCAUCAGUAUUUUUUGUAAGGUUUCAGAAAUAUUCAUACUUUGUUGGAUAGUUGUCAAAAAGUAUUUUCCAUUGUUGUGAAGUAUUAUCCAUUGUUGUGUCUUGAUUUGUAAGGAUAUUAAAUAAAGUCAUGGCAGAGUACGUCA